AUGAAGGUGACCGUCUUGUUGACCGCUCUGGCGGCCUGCGUUGUUGCAUUACCUACGGUUCCUCGAUCAGGUCAUGCCCAGACAAACGCCGAUGAGUCCUACCUUCCAAUGAAGGCACGGGCCGAGACAAGCGCAGACGAGUCUUAUUUGCCGAUGAAGAGGGCCGAGACGAGUGCCGACGAAUCGUACCUGCCGAUGAGGCGGGCGGAGACGAACGCAGACGAGUCUUAUCUUCCUAUGAAGCGUGCCGAAACCAGCGCAGACGAGUCGUACCUUCCCAUGAAGAGGGCCGAGACAAGUGCCGACGAGUCUUACGAUCCUAUGAAGCGCGCUGAAACUAGUGCCGAUGAGUCCUAUCUUCCUAUGUAG